GUGUGCGCGGUGCCGUCCGGAGCAGCUCCCGGAAAAGGCUCCGCUCCUCGGUUAGCGGCGCUAUUACGCACCGGCCACUUCCAGCUUCGCAUCAGACGGCAGGAGAUGAGGAGUUAAGCGCCAUCGAGGCGCUUUGUAGGAGUGCAUCUCGGCGGAAACAUGUGAAGUGUCCUAAAUCAAUCUGCUUAUUUGGAUAUGGAUUGAUGUGAAAUCAAUUGAUUUUGCCGAGUUACAGGACCAGUCGUCGAUCGCAUUAAGAAAACAGGAUAUCAUAAAGAAACUUUCUGCACAGCCACCAGACGCCGGUGCGAUUUUCGUGUGCAUGACUGAAACGAUGGCACUGAGUGGGAACUGUAGGACUUACCCUAAUGCCAAGGAGCAGGGGACUGUCCAGCCCGCUUUCCCCGAUGUUAUAGAGCUGAAUGUCGGGGGGCAGGUCUACUAUACUCGACAUGCCACAUUAAUCAGUAUUCCCAAUUCCUUACUGGGAAAAAUAUUCUCUCCCAAGAAAGAUGCAUCCAACGACCUGGCACGGGACCCUAAGGGACGCUACUUCAUCGACAGAGAUGGCUUUUUAUUUCGAUACGUAUUGGACUACCUCAGAGACAAGCAGGUCGUGCUGCCCGAUCACUUUCCGGAGAAGGGGAGACUGAAGAGGGAGGCGGAAUACUUUCAGUUGCCGGAGCUGGUGAAGAUUUUAACCCCCGACGACCUGAAACAAAGUCCAGACGACUAUUGUCACAGUGACUUAGAAGACGCUUCCCAAGGGAGUGACCAGAGGACAUGCCCCCCGGCAUCAAUAGUGCCAGCCAGCAGGAAGUAUGGCUUCAUCACGGUCGGGUACCGAGGAUCGUGUACGAUGGGGAGGGAGAGCCAGAGCGACGCCAAGUUUAGGAGGGUGCCGAGGAUUUUGGUCUGUGGAAGGAUCGCUUUAGUGAAAGAGGUCUUCGGGGAAGCUUUAAACGAGAGCCGUGACCCGGACCGGCCCCCCGAGCGGUACACGUCCCGCUUUUACCUUAAGUUCAAACACCUGGAGAGAGCCUUUGACAUGCUGUCCGAGUGCGGAUUCCAGAUGGUGGCCUGUAAUUCGUCGGUGACGGCAUCGUUUGUCACCCAAUAUACCGAUGACAAGAUCUGGUCCAGUUACACGGAAUAUGUCUUCUAUCGUGGGUCGUCAAGGUGGUCGUCUCCUCACUGCGACUGCUGCUGCAAGACCCACAAGGGCGAUCGCGAGGGCGAGAGCGGCACCUCCGGACAUGAUCUGACCACCUCCAGCUCAGAGAGCCAGUCGGAGGCAAGCUCACCACAGGGCACCGUCAUCUGCGGACCUGUCAGCCGCCAGUGCAACAUACAGACCCUGGACCGACCCGCUAAGAAGGGGCCUGUGCAGAUCCUGCAGCAGCCUGAGGUGCGUAGGAAGAGCGACCUGCUGCGCACGCUGACUGCCGGCUCCCGUGACACCAGUGGAGGAGGUUCUGGUGGCAAGAAGAAGCCUGCCAAGGAGAAGAUGACUGUGGAGGAGGAGCUCGAGAAGUGCAUCCAGGACUUCCACAAGAUCAAGAUCCCCGAACGCUUUCCCGAGAGGAAGUACAUGUGGCAGUCAGAGCUGCUGCGCAAAUACCACUUGUGAGGAGGCGAGGGGGGUACGUCCAUUGGAGGGUACCUCCAGUGGGCCAUAUGCUCAAUGGAGGGUACAUCCAGAGGGGCAUAUGUCCAGUGGAGGGUACAUCCAGAGGGGCGUACAUCCAGUGGAGGGUACAUCCACAGGAGUGCGCAUCCAGUGGAGAGUACAUUCUGAGGGGUGUACAUCCAGAGGGACGUAGUUCCAGUGGAGGAUACAUACAGGGGGGCGUACGUCCAGUGGAAGGUACAUCCAGAGGGGCGUACAUCUAGAAGGGCGUACAUCCAGUGGAGGGUACAUCCAGAGGGGCGUACAUGUAAUGGAAGGUACAUCUAGAAGGGCGUACCUCCAGUGGAGGGUAUAUCUAGAAGGGCGUACAUCCAGUGGAGGGUACAUCCAGCGCAGUGUACAUACGUGCUGCAUCCAGCCUAUAGUCUGUGGAUAACACUGUGGAUAAUGGCCACAGUAGGCUAAGUGUUUCCUUUUCACCUUUAAAAUAAUCCCUGACAUUCACAGGAUGUACCGUCCCACAUGAAAGUGAUUCUUAGCCUUCUGCUUUAUGAACGUUCAUAAAAUAUGCGUGUGGUGGUGGGACUCAGCGUGCUGGUGAAUUUACACGGUGAUUACAAAGUCUGUGCGCCCGGCCCCACUGCCAGCUUCCAGGUAUUGAUGGGGAUCUCCUAAAUCUGGCCCUCUUCCCCUGGCUGCAUGUCAGUAGCGAUGAUAAAUAGGUGGGAAGGUUCCAAAAUAAAUGUGUAACCCUCAUAAAUAUUUUGUCAUGUUCCAAACCCGCAGUCUGAAAAUACCUGCUGCUUGUUUGAAAUCGAUAGCUGGUUUGUAUCCACUCUUUUGCAGAAUGAUGGAGAUUAAUCUGUAGAUGAAUACACACUAGUUUGCCGUUGUCUGGGUGUUUGUGGCAGAGUGGGUGAGAGCUGUCACCUCUCAGGCAGAUACUGUCCCUCACAGAACAGCCCACAGAUCCUCUCAGCACUACAGACUUAUUCGGGCACAUUAGAAUGUCCUCUUUGUAUGAGCGGCUGGUUUGGCUUUCAGUGGCCCAUCACAGGGCAGAAGGGAUGUUGUUCAUUGUAUACGCCCAAGGGCAGGACACUAGCUAGGCCUCGUAGGUGCAGAUUGCCUAUUUGGAAAGCGUAAGGGUCAAGCGUGUGCAGUGCUGCAGAUCAGCAAACAGGAUUGCUAAUUAAUGGAAAAUUCGCCUUUCUGGAAAGAGCCUCAGUAAGACUCCGGGGUUGCCUAGUGUCAGUGCGAGGGUGCACACCAUGUAGGGGGCGUAACAAGAGUGCCGGUUCCCUUCCGGGUCAAAGGUCACCACCCUCCUUCAGUUGUGCACUGAGGUCAUAGUGACCUGAAUGGAGAUUACUUUCGUCUGUUUGUUUGUAUGUUUGUUUAGACAAGGGUGUAGCUGAAGCUGAAGAUGCCCUUUGUGUGCGUCUAUCAUGGGAAUAAUGAUAGGGAGGUGGUCUGAUGUCUGCAGUAAUGUGGAAGUGCGUGAUGAGCGUGAGAGGCAGCUGGCCUUGGAUGACUGGGGUACUGCUAUCUUUGGAACUACUUUGGCAUGUGAUACCCAGUUGUAUUUGGAGGAACAUGAGUAGAAUGUAAGCUAGAUUAGUUGGCUCAGAAGAUGGCUUCUGCCAGUGUGACCAUGAUGCAGCACUGUUAGCCGCUAACUCAAGCUAACUGUAGUAAAUAGUUAAUACUACUAAACACAGUUAUGAGAUCCAGCAUUUAAAAAUACUCGAUAUAGGGGGUAAUGUUCCUUUAAAGUACACCCUUGAGUACUAUAGUUGUUUCAAAAAGAAUUGUUUUAGUUCAAAUUCAAUUAAAUCUGGAAUAAAGUGUUAUUUUCCCAAAGAAAUUACAUCAAAAACAAGAACACGCCCAAGAAAGUCCCUCAGUGUGCAGAAAUAAUGUGAUUCUGAUCCGGUUUAUGUCAUGUAUAUACAAUUUUUUCACUAUGUUACUGCUGCAAAGUUAUAUUUAUUUUUAAUAUAGAAGAAAAAGUGUCCAGCUGAAUUAUCUGGUUUUCUGUGCAUUAAAACUGAAUGUUGACUUGUCUCACACUGACUUUUUCCAUAAGAAUUCUUGUGUUGUAUUUAUCUGUGAAUAACACUUAAACAAAAAUACAUAGAAAUCCUCUAUGUAAAUAGUGUAUAUGAAAUACAUAAUGUGAACACAGAUAAAAUAUGAGUAUGAAUGAAAAGGGAUUCAAUUAGAGUCAUUUGACAUUGCAGAGUCCCGAUCAGCCUUACCUCGUUGUGUACAGGGGCUGACACACACUAAUGAAAGGGGAUGUACAGUGAGGGUGUGUAACUGCAAGGAAGGGGACAUAAGCGCAGCCCCCUGUGAUCGGCGUUUAGCCCUAAGAGUUCACUCCAAGGCACUUUUCAGGGUAUGAUAAUCCGUGCUCAUUUCAUAGACAGGGCAUUAUCCUCUUUGCUUUACUUUUUACCAAAAAAUGUUAUAAUAAACAAACUUCCCAAAGCUAUGUUUUUCCCCCGCUACUGAGAGUCUGAAGCUUAGCCGUGAGCUCCUGGCCUCUGUCUCACAUGCUCUGUGUAAGUUGUAAAGCAGUCAAUGACCACGGGACAGCCCGUAACAGGAGAGGAGAGACUAACAGAGAGAGGAGAGACUAACAGAGAGAGUAACAGGAGAGGAGAGACUAACAGAGAGAGGAGAGACUAACAGAGAGAGUAACAGGAGAGGAGAGACUAACAGAGAGAGUAACAGGAGAGACGCCCACUGGGAGACCGAGCCUAAAAACAAGGAUGUUGUGUCGUUUAAUGUUCAAUUUUUAUGAAACGUCUGGAACGUUGUUGUACGCAUGCCUAAUGUCGAUAUAAUAAAUGCUGCAGAUUAUUAGUAUGUUCUAGUGACAUUAUGUAUGAACAAAGCACAAUGUGUGGAUUGUGUCUGCUACUGUUUCUGUACAGCUGUACACUGUUCCUCAUACAGACUACUACCUAGGUACAAAUUAAUUUAAUUAUGGACAUUUGGAAAAUGUACA